CUCUCUCACACACAGACAGCGGCUAACGCUAACGCUAACUAGCUCACGAUGGCCGGACAGGAGGAUCCAGUGCAAAGGGAAAUUCACCAAGACUGGGCGAACCGUGAAUAUAUCGAAGUGAUCACCAGCAGCAUUAAGAAGAUAGCCGAUUUCCUCAAUUCCUUCGAUAUGUCCUGCAGGUCCCGUUUAGCCACUUUGAAUGAGAAGCUUACUGCUUUGGAGAGGAGGAUUGAGUACAUUGAAGCCAGAGUCACAAAAGGGGAAACCUUGACUUAGACAUCGCCUUGGUUCGACGUCGAGGUCAAGAUGAUGCCUAAGAACACUCACCUCCUGUCUUUAUUUUUCAUUUUAAUUAUUCAAACUACAUUUUUAUUAGUUGGCUGUUGUAGAUCAGUUCUUUUCUGUAUGGGACCAUUGUGAUGAUGUCUAUGCUAUAAACAGAUGUUUGUUCUUCCUCAUUUCAUGCUGAGGUUAUACUGUAUCUGGUCCUCCAUUUUUUUUUGGAUCUGUCAGGCAACCUGUUACUGUCUCUGUGGUGCUUGUUCAUGCAAACAACCCAAUGUUGUAUGUAUGUUUGUUGUUCUGACUUGCUGUUAAACAACUGUUUAUCUUUGACACCACGCAAAAUAUAAUAACGGUCAUGCAAAUAUAGAUUGAAAUCCCCAUGGAUAAACAGACAUCAUGCCUUUUUUUAUUACUUUUUUUAAUUCACCCUCCUUUGUUUUACCAGAGUCUAUUCUGAUCUUGUUAAAUUACAAAAGUAUGUUUAAAAUACAUUGCUGCCUGCUGUACAUUUAUCAUGCAACAAACAUCAUGAGAAAUGCCAGUUAGAGGUGGAAGUGGAUGGAAAGCACUAAAGUGCCAAUCAGACUGUUUUAAAGUGUUUAGUGCUUCUCUCCAGUUACACAAUUUUAUGUCUCAGUGUUUUUGUGGUUAAACAUUAAAUAAAAAAAGUUAAAUGGA